CUAUUUUUUUUUCCUUCAAGUUCUUUUGCAGCCUUUCUUCUACUUUCGUAGUGUGAUUCUAUGUCUUGUGUGCAAGCUACACUCUCAGAAUAUUUUUCACAACCUCCCACUGUGGUUGCAUUGUGUCUUGUGCACCAGCAGAUGGCAAGGCGUGGCACGAGCAACACUUACGAAGAGGCUAGAAAACAGAGACUUGAAGAAAAUAAAAAGAGGUUUGAGGAUUUGGGAAUUUUAAGGAUUUCAAAAAAUUUGACCGAGAUCACAAGUUCUGGAAAGAAGACACGGGAUCAUGUUCCUAAACUGAAAUCAAAGAAAUCAAAUGCUGAAGUGGAACCUAGGCGAUCUUCUCGUGUGCGGAACCCAGUUCCUUCAUACAGGGAAGAUGUGAGCGUACACCUUCCAGCUUUGAGGAAGAGGUCAAGAUCAAAUUCUUCAACAUGGGGAAGUUACAUUGCGAGGCCUUUAGAUGAAAUCAAAGAAGCCUCAAAAGAGGAAAGACUUUGUGCUCUGGAGGCUGCAGAAGAACUCCAAAUCAAUCUGAACUCUUCAAAUCCCUCCUUUAUCAAGUCAAUGGUUCGGUCUCACGUUUAUAGCUGCUUUUGGUUGGGUCUUCCUUCUAAGUUUUGUGAGGAACAUCUUCCAAAAACUGUACAUGACAUGGUUUUAGAAGAUGAAAAUGGUUCAGAAUACCAGGCUGUUUACAUAGGCAACAGAGCUGGAUUAAGCGGAGGCUGGAGAGCAUUUGCAUUGGAUCAUAAACUGGAUGAUGGAGAUGCCCUUGUUUUUGAAUUGAUUGAAGCAUCGAGAUUUAAGAUUUAUAUUGUUAGAGCAUUUCCAAAUUUAGUUGAAGAAAAGGGAAAUGAUAUUUUAGUUGAAGAAGGAAACAAGCAUGCAACCAAAGUACCGAAAACUAAAUGUAAUCUUGAGUCAGAAUCCAAGACUAAAAAGCCAAGACAGGAAACAUAUGAAACUAGUGAAUCAGAGAGUUCUCAGGAGCAUAUUGACAAAGAAGUCAAGCCACAGGGUGCAAAUCCAUUGAAGCAAACUAAAAUCUCUAAGAAAAAAACGCAAAAGAAAUCAAUACUUUUGGCUACUACAGAUUCGAAAGGGAAAGUGCAAUUGAAAACUGAGGAACCAAUGUUGUCUCUAGUGCUGUCAAAGACAAGGAAGUCAAAGGGUAUCAAUGGAAUUGAUGACUCAGACAAGUUAGAGAAGAAAAUUUGUGUUCAUGAUGCUGAUAGCAAGUUAGAAAAGGUUGAAGAAGCAAGCAAAUGUGUGGUACAGACAGCUAGAAAAAAACCAGGUCCAAAGUAUUUCAGAAAGAAAGCAUAAUGUUGGAGCUAAUGACUAGUAAAAAAUUGUUGUAAAAAACAUACAUGUAUCGAGUGUAUUAUGAUAACUUCUAUUGUAUGUUUGUCUUUUUCCCCUGUAAAGGAAGUUGAUGAAAACUGUUUUACUCUUU